AUGUCCAGAAUUACAGUGCAAACUCUCGUCUUUCCCGAGACAUCGGGCAUCAACUUCGGAGCUGCCGUCUCCAACGUGGACAUUGAGAAACUGACUGACGCCGACUUUGACGUGAUACGCGACGCCCUGUACGCCCAUCAGGUCCUAGUCUUCAAGGACCAGUCGUCCGUGUCACCCCGUGCUCAAUUCCAGCUGACGCAACGCUUCGACCCUGCCGCCACGUCUUACGGCCACGGCAAGACGCUCGAUGCCAAGCGCAGCAUCCUGCACCCAGACCUCAAGACCAUCCCCCACCAACCCCAGGUCCAAGUCAUUGGCAACGGCUUCGUGCGCGAGUACGAGGGCUUGAAGGACGUCACCCUUAAGCACCCUCAUCAUAAGACGUUUCACGCCACUGCCAUUCCCGCCCACGAUGAUCUCGACUUCACUCGCUUCUACCGCUGGCAUAUCGACGCCGCCCUCUACGGCCUUGCCCCGCCUGUCGUCACCACCCUGCUCGCCGUAGAAGUCCCCAGCGGCCGUCGCCAGAUCUGCCGGUACGAUGACGGCACUGGCGACGAGCUGCACGUGCCUCUGGGUACGACCGCCUUCGUCUCGGGCUAUACCAUGUAUGAGCUCCUGUCCGAUUCGGACAAGGAGUUUGCGCGCAACACGAGGGUCGAGUACGCACCACAUCCCUAUAUCUGGAUGAGCGGCGCCAAGUCGCGGUCUGAUGGCCUGGGCAUGCUGUCACAGGGCCUCGAGGUUCCUCUGGACCAGCUGCCGACCAUUGAGGAGGAUAAGAUACAGAUCCUGCCCAUGUGCUGGCGCAAUCCCGUCACAGGAAGAUUAGCAGUUCAGGUCCAUCCCAGCGCGGUGCGCAAGCUACAUCUGGCUAAUGGGACCGUCAUUGACAAUCUGGCUGAGGUGCGCGACAUCAUCCACCGCCUGCAGCGCCCAGGCAUCGCGCCCAACAUGGUGUAUGCCCACGACUGGGAGCAAGGCGACUUGGUGCUCUUCCACAACCGCGGAGUAUUGCAUUCGGUCGUGGGUGCUUUUGCAGAGCAUGAGGUGAGGUUAUUUAGGCAGUGUAACGUUGCGGCGAGUCACUUCCCGGAGGGCCCGGAGGGCCCGGAGGGUAUUGCUGCCGCUUGA